AUGGAUACCAUCAAACCCCUGCUCAGCACGGGAAUAGCAGUUGCUACAUUCCUCAUUUCUUGCAUCCUCCUGAAUCAUAAGAUACUCUGUGACGCGAGUUCCAAGACAAUACCUCAUGGGCCUUCGGGUGUCCCAAUACUCGGUGCGUGGCACCAUAGCAUUUACAUUGACGCCGUAUCUAACUACAGACGCCUAAAAGGGUCUUUCCCGUUCUUGACUCGCUAUCCGGAACUGACACUAGACAAGUGGGCUCGGAAAUUCGGCGACCUGUAUUCUGUAUGGCUUGGCGGCCAGUUGUUCAUGAUCAUCUCCAGUCCAAAGGUGGCGAAAGACCUGAUGGUUACACACGGUUCUGUCUUCUCCUCGCGCAGAGAGAUGUUUAUCAAGGGACGAACUAUUUUAAAGGGUCGCGGCGUGACCGCCACGCCGUACAAUGAUACGUGGAAGAAGCACAGACGCUUGGUGACCAACUGGCUUCGAGCAGAUGAGACAGCCAAGUACGUUCUUGCGAUCGAGCGUGAGAGUAUCGACAUGGUACAAUGUCUAUAUGAAGCAAGUGGGAAUGGGGCAAAAUUUGUCAACCCUCAGCCCUUCACGGGACGCUGCUCCCUGAAUGUCAUGCUAGGCAUUGUCUUCGGGCAACGGACUAGUACGAUCCAUGACCCGAUGAUGAAGGAGGCGCUUAGGCUGAGUCGGGAGUUCAUGAAUACGACAGGACCUUUUUCAAACCUUGUUGACCAUGUGCCUAUCCUACGCUACUUUCCUACCAGCAUACGCUCGCGCGGACGCAGACUUCACCGAGAUAUUGUUUCUACUUACGGUGGCAUGAUCAAGGAGAUGGAUGAACGUAUACAAAAAGGGCAAGACAUACGAGAUUGUCUGGCCAAGUCUAUGCUCCAGGCUCGCAAGCAGGAAGACUUGGAUGAUCUUGACAUCACAUUCCUUGCUACAUCUUUCAUGGUUGGUGGCGUGGAGACUACCGCCGCCGUAAUGCAGUGGUUCUGCGCCCUGAUUCCCUCGUAUCCUGAAAUUCAGCGGCGAGCUCAGUAUGAGCUAGACAGUGUCGUAGGGAGAUCACGACUUCCGGGAAUGGAAGAUGAAAAAAGUCUACCUUUCUGUCGUGCCAUCAUCAAAGAGGUGCAGCGUUGCCACAAUCCUUUCUGGCUCGGGACCCCGCAUGCUGCUUCCAAGGACUUUGUCUACCAAGGCAAGCUCAUCCCGAAGGACACGGUCAUGGUCCUCAAUACUUGGACAAUGCACCAUGAUGAGAUACGGCACCCCGCGCCAUUCAAAUUCAAUCCGGAUCGCUAUUUGCACGACAAUCUUACAUCAGUAGAGAGUUCUAGACAGCCAGACCCGUAUCAGCGUGAUCACUGGAUCUUUGGUGCCGGACGCCGCAUAUGCCCUGGCAUGCAGGUAGCAGAACAGGAGAUCUGGUUGACCGUCUCUAGGAUACUGUGGGCUUUUGACAUGAAGCCUGUUCCAGAUCAUCCAAUUGAUCUCAAGGAGUAUGAUGGCUUAUCUGGGAGAUCACCGAUGCCUUUUCGCAUCCUCCUAAAGCCCAGGCACGAGAAAGUAAAGACAGUCCUGGCUUAUGCGGCUCUUGAUGGUGACAUAGCGCCAGCGCCACAUUGA